AAUAUAAACGUGACAUUCAAUCGACUGCAACUGAUGAUACUCCAUCUCCAGCUGCUCCUUCGGCAGCACAAGCUAAACAAGUUGCAUCAGUAGGAGCAGCAGCAACGACAACACGCAAAGUUUCGGCCACAACAUUUAAAACAAAAAAACCAACACGACGAGUGACUCAAACAGGAAAUAAAUCGAAGAGUCGUGUCACGCCAUCGACUAGAGCUACCGUUAAGCCCGUCACGAGACCAGCAAUUGUCAUAAAUCCAAGUCUCAGCGCCAGCAAUAGCAACAACAACUCAUCGAAAAUUAAGCCGAGCGUUCAACCUACAAAGUAUCACUACUAUCCACACAAUCAGUUGCCUUACUUCCUGCCCGAGUGUGCAAUUCAGCAGGUCUGCAAUGCUGUUUAUGUUCGUCUCAACUUUACUCAACCACUGUGCGUGUGUCCACCAAGAUGCACAGAUAUCGCGAUCCAUGUUCGUUAAGUCUGAAUGAAGAUGAUAAUCACACAAUUACGCUCGUUGGAAAUGCAAAUAAGAAAGCGGUGACUUUGGCAAAGACUUGCGAGCAGGUUAAUGAAUUGCGUGAUUGUCGAGCUCCACGUGACUGGUCGAUCUUAGCUUUGCAGAACACUCGAACAGGGAAAUCUCAUUACUUGGUGAUCUGCAAAUGUCCCAGCAACUUCAGAUUAGGUGAGUUUGAGAAAGAGCUUAAAUCAGGUUACGAGGUCAAUUCAUUUUCUCGCUUUAUUUCAUUCACAACAGAGGGACCACUGCCACAUGAUCAACCGACUUAUGCGGGACUUCCUGGAAUCAACGUUUACGGAAUGCUUUGUGUGCCUCCAAAUUCACCAACUAAAUUCAAUUGGAAAAUCAGUCAACGACCAGCAAUUCACACAACUUAUCGUACGAAGAACACCACAAUCGAAGCAGCGGCACCUGACACACCACAAACAUCGUCAGAAGCAAUUAACAAGGAGAACUAA